AUGGCGACCACGACGACAGCUUCGGCUGCGCCGACCUCGACCGUCCGAGUCGCGCCGCAAGGCGGUAUCUUGGAGGGCGGGAACCCGUCGGUGUACGACCCCAAGAAUCCCAUCACCAUCUUCAUCAUCCAGAUCUCUCUCAUCGUCAUCAUCUGCCAUAUCCUGCAUUGGCCUCUGUCCAAGAUCCGCCAGCCCCGGGUCAUUGCCGAAGUCAUCGGAGGUAUCAUUCUUGGUCCCUCUGUUAUGGGCCACAUCCCCGGAUUUCGAGAUGCCAUCUUCCCCGCGGCUUCAAUCCCUAAUUUGACGCUUGUCGCAAACCUGGGUCUUGUCCUCUACCUGUUCAUGAUUGGCCUCGAGACGGAUGUUCGAUUUCUUUUGAGCAAUUGGCGUGUUGCCACCUCCGUUGCGUUUGCCGGACUGGCGCUGCCUUUCGGCGUUGGCUGCGCUCUUGCCUGGGGUAUAUACAACGCCUUUCGCGACGAUCCCGGUAUCAAACCAAUUAGUUUCAGCGUGUACAUGCUGUUCGUUGGUAUCGCGGUUGCCAUCACUGCGUUCCCCGUGCUUUGCCGUAUCUUAACGGAACUUAAGUUGCUUGACACCCCGGUCGGCAUCAUUACUCUAUCGGCCGGUGUUGCAAACGAUGUCGUUGGGUGGAUCUUGCUGGCCCUUUGUGUUGCCCUCGUCAAUGCCGGCAAGGGUAUCACAGCGCUGUGGAUUUUACUGGUUGCCGUUGGCUACAUCAUUUUCCUCGUAGUUGCUGUGAAACCCGGCCUUCGAUUUACCUUGCGCAAGACAAACAACCUCGAGAAUGGCCCUUCGCAAAGCGCCAUUGCUCUCAUUCUUCUUAUUGCCCUCGCCUCCGCCUUCUUUACUGGAAUCAUCGGUAUUCAUCCCAUCUUUGGAGGAUUUGCCGCCGGAUUGAUCAUUCCACGUGAGCACGGCUUCAACAUUAUUGUCAUUGAGAAGCUCGAAGAUCUCAUUGGUUCCAUUUUCCUGCCUCUUUACUUUACUCUCUCUGGUCUCAGCACAAACCUCGGUCUCCUCGACAACGGAACGACAUGGGGAUAUGUAUUUGCUACCACUUUUGUCGCUCUCAUUACCAAAAUCGUAGGUGCCUCCUUGGCGGCUCGACUUAAUGGCUUAGUUUGGAGAGAAUCGUUCGCCAUUGGUGUCUUGAUGAGUUGCAAGGGUCUCGUUGAACUGAUUGCUUUGAACAUCGGUCUUCAAGCCCAAAUUCUCAGCGUUAGGACUUUCACAAUCUUCGUCGUUAUGGCUCUUCUUGCCACCUUCUUUACGACACCUGCCGUCUCUUACCUGUACCCUCCUUGGUAUCAGAAAAAGAUUGCUGCUUGGAAGCGCGGUGAGAUUGAUUGGGAAACUGGUUCUCCAAUUACCCAAAUAACCGUGACCCCUACGGCUGAGAUAGACCACAAGAGGGUUAGGCGGUUACUCGUUUACCUUAGAUUGGAUAACAUGCCCGCACUACUCAACCUUCUUUCGCUGUUCGGAAGCUCUCGCGCCUUAGAGACAUCGAGUGGAAGCUCUGGAGACUCCAAGGGAAAUUACAAUGAAGACAUCAAAGCACCUGUCCGAGCGCACGGGCUGCGACUCCUCGAAUUAACAGAUCGUGACUCAUCCGUCAUGACGGUGGCCCAGGUUGACGAAUAUAGCAGACACGACCCUGUCGUCAACAUUUUCCGCAGCGUUGGUCAGCUUCACAACAUUUCAGCAUCUGGCGAAGUUGCUAUCAUGCCAGAGGAUCGUUUCGCUGAUACGCUUGUCUCGCGCUCAUCUAAUAUGACAUCUGAUCUCCUUCUCCUGCCUUGGACUGAGACCGGUAGCAUGGGAGAUGCUCAGAUCGUUUCUUCAGCCAAUGUUGAGGACCGGCUUGCGUCUAGCUACAUGUUGUUUGUGAAAUCUGUCCUUCGUGCUCCCGAACUCAACAUUGGCGUGCUCUUCACGCGAAGUCGAGACGACGUAAAGAGGAAGAACCAGGGAAAUGAGCAAGCCAAGCUUCGCCGACAAUACUCUUACGACGUAUCGAAACGCGACUUCCCCACUGCGCCUCUAGUUUCUCGCAUCCACAAGAUCUUCUUCGUCUAUACUGGAGGACGAGAUGACAACCUUGCUCUUAAUCUUGUUAUUCAGCUCUUGGAACGCGAACACGUCACCGCAACCAUUGUCAACGUCGCUGAGAUUGCCGAGAAAUCUUCAUCAGCAAAUGAAAAUGUCAUUGAUUUAGUCAUGAGCAAACUCUCCCGAGAUGUAUCUUCCCGGAUCAACGUCGAGAAGCACUCCAUUGCCCCUACUGUUGAAGAUUUGCUCAACUUCGCCGACCCUGCUCCCAACGCCACCGAGUCAGAAGUUAACAAGCCGACACUAGUUGUUUUGGGUCGCAGUGGAAGCGUCGCUUUGGAGGAAGGCAAGCUUACAGAAAGGCCUAGGGAGGAUGUUCAAGGCUGCUUGGGCAAGCUUGCUGCUCAUUUUGUUGCUAGCGGAGUGACGACAGACUUGUUGGUCGUGCAGGCUAAGGCAGGCGGUGCUUCAUCAUGA